AUACGAAGAGCAUGAAUCGGGCCAUUUUGUGACCAAUGGCGUGCAAGGAUCUGGAUAUUUCCUUCUGCAGGACGAGAUAUUUGCCUAGUGCAGUUUGUGCUCUUUAGCAGUUGGCGACGAUUAAUUGACAAGUAGAUUUGGGUGGUAAGGUUUAGAGUUGCGAGUCUGCUAAUGGACUCCGCAAGAUGUUGGUUCGGGAAGUUUAAGUCCAAAGAUAGAGCAAGGUCGUCAAAAAAGAAAGAUGUCGCAGGAAAUGGGAAAGAUGGGUCAAAGCCUCCAACGGGUGAAGAAGCACCUUCAAAUGUCACCAAGCAGAAAGUUGCAGCAGCAAAGCAGUACAUAGAAAAUCAUUACAAGAAGCAAAUGAAGAAUCUUGAAGAAAGGAAAGAACGUCGUCAUAUACUGGAGAUGAAGCUGGCCGAUGCCGAUGUUACCGAGGAAGAGCAAAACAAUUUGCUCAAGCACCUGGAGAAGAAGGAAACAGAAUACAUGCGCCUUCAGAGGCAUAAAAUGGGUGCUGAUGAUUUUGAGCCAUUGACAAUGAUAGGGAAAGGUGCAUUUGGUGAGGUCAGAAUAUGUAGGGAGAAGGCAACAGGUCAUGUAUAUGCUAUGAAGAAGCUUAAAAAAUCUGAGAUGCUUCGUAGAGGACAGGUCGAACAUGUGAAAGCAGAGAGGAAUCUACUUGCAGAGGUUGAUAGCAAUUGCAUUGUCAAGCUAUAUUGCUCCUUCCAGGAUGAAGAAUAUCUCUAUCUCAUUAUGGAGUAUCUACCUGGUGGAGAUAUGAUGACUUUGCUAAUGAGGAAGGACAUAUUGACUGAAGAUGAGGCCAGGUUCUAUGUUGCAGAGACUGUUCUGGCAAUUGAAUCCAUCCAUAAACAUAAUUAUAUUCAUAGAGAUAUCAAGCCUGACAACUUGCUGCUUGACAGAAAUGGUCAUAUGAAAUUAUCAGAUUUUGGUUUAUGUAAACCACUAGAUUGCAGUAACCUGCAAGAAAAGGACUUCUCUGUGGGAAACAAUCUUAGUGGGGCUCUUUCAAGUGAUGGCCGACCUUUGGCUUCAAAGCGAACUCAACAGGAGCAACUGCAGCAUUGGCAGAGGAACAGAAGGACGCUGGCUUAUUCUACUGUUGGCACCCCGGAUUAUAUUGCCCCAGAAGUUCUUUUGAAGAAAGGUUACGGGAUGGAAUGUGAUUGGUGGUCUCUUGGUGCCAUCAUGUAUGAAAUGCUUGUGGGAUACCCUCCUUUUUACUCCGAUGAUCCUAUGUCAACAUGUAGAAAGAUUGUGAAUUGGAGGACUCAUUUGAAAUUUCCUGAAGAAGCAAAGCUGUCUCCAGAAGCUAAAGAUCUCAUAAGCAAACUUCUAUGUAACGUCGACCAGAGGCUGGGAACAAAAGGGGCUGAUGAAAUUAAAGCCCAUCCAUGGUUUAAAGGGAUCGAAUGGGACCGGUUGUAUCAGAUCAAAGCUGCUUUUAUUCCUGAGGUCAACGAUGAGUUGGAUACUCAGAACUUCGAAAAAUUUGAAGAGGCCGACAAUCAAAUUCAAACUUCAACAAGAUCAGGUCCAUGGAGAAAGAUGCUCUCAUCCAAGGACAUCAACUUUGUCGGUUACACAUAUAAGAACUUUGAGAUUGUCAAUGAUAAUCAGUUGCCUGGAAUAGCCGAACUGAAGAAGAAGAACACGAAACCCAAAAGGCCAUCCAUCAAGUCUCUCUUUGAUGAUGAGUCGGGCACAGCGGCUAGUCGACCUGUUCACGGCAGCUUUAUGAACCUCCUGCCCCCUCAACUCGAAGUUCCCGAGAAGCAUAGCGAAUCCAAUUGACCUGCCCUGACGCCUCGCGGUUUUCCACCGAAUACUGACAUGUUUAGUUUUGCCGCUUCUGGCGCUCCGGUGUUGCAGAUCGACUCCUUCUGGGGAGUUAAAGGGGGGUGGGCGAGGGUCCCCGAGACAACCGAGUUUGAGAUGUCGACGUCGUAAGUCGCCCUCUGACUGUUAGCUUUGGAUCUGGAAAAAAAAAAACUCUUGUAAGAUAGAUAAUAGGGGGGUUUGGCGAAAAAUUAUUCGUGGUGAUUCAAUUUGAGGGAGUGAUGUGCAAUUCUUUCGUCGCAGUGGUCAUGUAAUUAAAAAACAAAACGCAAUAGACGGGUGAAAAAGCUUUUAAGGUGUGAA